CGGUAUUUGUCGGGGACCUAUACGGGUCGAUGUGAUCUUAGGCUACCUGCUUCACUGCAAUGUAUUAGUCUGCAGAAAGUCGAAUGUUCAGCUGAGUGGCUGUGCAGCUUGUUGAUCACACUGUCUUCAUUAGAUCAUCAUGUCGUGUGUGAGCUGUGGGAUGUUGUAUUGCAACCUAGUGAAGCAACCCGUGGAGAUGAUUCAGAUAUAUAUUUAUCAGGCUUGCGCUCUGAAAUAUUAUCACGUGAACUGUCCAAUAUUAAGAUAUCAGUGAAGAAUUGCAGUAUGGAACUGUUUGGAAUAUUACGUGAUUUAAGUGUUGGAAGUGUGAAUGUUACAGUGUGUGACGAACAUACGCUUUCAUUAGUGACACAAAGCGAAUUACUCAUGUUGAAAGAAAUUCGUUUACAAGGGAUUUAUUCGACAGAGUUAAAAUACACAUUUCCAGUGUCUCUGCAAUUUCUGAUUUUAGAAAAAGGAUCCUGCUCUUCAGACUGGCUUUACGGUUUGCUGAUACACCUUUCAACGUUAGGUCAUUCCGUUCGGUUGUUCUUGCUUGAAUUUCUGGUGUCAAACACGCAAUCGCCAAGUGAAAUAGAUUCAAAGCUACCCACACUGCGAUGUGCAGAUUUAUCGAGUGUUAAAUUAGAGGUUAUGAAGGACUGCCCUGGAUUGUAUGAAUCAUUACCCACAAUGAACAUCACCAGUCUGAACAUGACUCAAAUAGACCACGCUGACAUGCUGUCACAGAUACUGCCUCGUCUUAUCCACUUGGAGCAACUGAGAAUCUGUUUGCAUAACUAUUAUAUGGAUAUGAGAAUGCCGAAAUCUAUUAAGUACGUGUUUGUAAUUUUCAAAACAUUGUCUCCAUCCUCGCUACGACAUUUCGUACAGAACAUGCUUACUACCAAUCAUACUGUGAAUUGUAAACUGCUGUUCCGUGUCGAGGAGAAAGAAGACGAAUAUACUAAAAUCAAAGAAGAAUAUUGUGAACAGGAAUUAUUGGAGGUGCAACUGUUUGAAGUUGUUGACAAACGACAGUCUGUUGGUGGUGGUUGGGCUGCUCGUACACUUUCUGCUGCCGCUGAUGAUGCUGAUGACGAGUAUGAUAAACAUUUACUACGAAGAGAGGGAGAAUACGUUGAUACAAAACCGUGGAUUCAUUAUUGUAAAAUUCGUAUGAACAUUUUGUGCUCAGACAACUCCUUUGGUGCUCGUUAAACUCGUGCGUAAUUUAAUUAGGAUAUUAUAGCAUGUCUGAAUCAAAGCCCGCAUUGCACAGCUACUUAGAAGUCCCCGUCUUGAAAUUUUCUACCUUACAAUUCAAUAACAUGUUUUC